CUUCCAAUCAGUUAAACGCGAACUUCGGUCGCGAUCAGAUCGCGGUUUUCACCCCUUCCAUCCGAAUAUAAAAACGCCAAAAACACAGAGAGACAGAAAGAGAGAGUGACUAACGUUAGAACGUGAGUCGAGAGAGAAAAAAAACAUAUCGAAAUUGUUUAUCACAUCGGUGUUAAAUAGAUGAUACGUGUACCGGAUUGCUAGCUACUGGCUGUUGGAGACAUUGAAGUUUCGCUUAUUAUCUACGAAACGACUGCUGAAACGAAUCAGUAUUCACAUUGUAAUUUCGCAAAGUCUGCCGCAGGAUCCGGCUAGCGGAAACUAGUCACAUCAUAACCGGGGCGCAUACGAUCAACUCACAAUUCAGACACAGAUUUCCGCCUACGAAAACGCUUACGUAAGCUUCGUAGAGCUCCGCCGGCGUUUAUUGCAUCUCCCGCCGCCGUAUAGAACACAGUGUCGUAGUGGAGACGCCCGGUAAUUGCCGUGACAUCUUCGAUGCUGCCUCCAUCAUCAUCGCCGUCUCAGUAGCAGCAGCAGCAGUAAUAGCACUGAUUCCGCGAUAAGCGCCUCGUUGAAAACACGGAAAGAUGGGAAACUCGCUUUGCAAGGAGCCUCGCGCAAACAGUUCGAUGCGACCCGGGAGAGUACUGGACCGAUUUGGGAAUAUUAUGUGCCCUAGUGGAUUAAGUAAAAACAAACAUGGAAUCAAUAAAACCUACCUAAGCCGUCACGUUUUGGAAACCAGCUCGAAGCCCAACACUCUCAGCGGAUGGAGCAACGUCCCGCUAGGAUCGCCAGAUUCAUCCAAAGUAGUCGACAAAGCCCCAGUGGCUCCUCCACGCAAGAAGCGCACUACUCUGGAACGUGGAACCUCACCAGAUGCGAUGCUAAAAGUCCGGAACGGUUUCAAAGACGUCUUCGGAGCCGAAAGCCGUCGACAGUCGUGUGACGUUGUCACCAAGGGAAAGUCCGUGGAUACGGUUGAUAAAAGUCUUCCGGUAAAGUCUCAGUCUAGCUUUGAAAUCGAUGUGAAAGACGAAGAGUUCAGCGAUUUCUCUAAAGUUCCCACGAAGACAGAAAUGGAGCCGGCUUCUAAAGGGGAUUCGGUUCAAAAUGGAGGAACCAGUCAAGUGUCACGAGUGGGCAACCGGAAGUCCGAUAAGUUCUUCGGGGAAAACCUGUCCGACGCUCUAUCGGGUGCACCGGUGGUAGUCGAAAGAAGGAAAAGUGCCAAAAAGGGGAUGGCAGAUCUGGAUAAGAUCGAUCAGUUCAUCGAGAAGAAUGUAUUGAACAUGAACGCCAAGCCUGAAACGAAAGAAGUUCCUGCAAUCAAAGUUACACAGCCUGAGGUGAUUCCGGAGAAAGUAAUACCCACCAAGCCGGAGGAGCCAAAAGUGGAGAUUGUAAAAGAUUUUCCUAAAGAUCAAAAAUUAGAUGAAGAAAACCUAAUGAAGUACAUCGAUGAAUCUAUGAUAAAAGAAACAAGCUUGGGGAAGAAAGCGGAGUUUUUAAUGGCUAUGUUGGAAGACUAUCCUGAAGACCGGUACAUGGGUAUGACUCCUGUGGAUGAACCGAUCAUUGUCCCCAGAAAGCGUAAAACUCGUCACAUUUGUGACAACGAUGAACACAUGCAUGAGAUGCUCCAUAAGCAUGAUAACGAAGUGCACUCUUCGAAAAACCUUAUAACAACGGAAGCAUCUAUCGAAACUCCUCCACGAAAACCAGAUAGAGACUUCAGUAAAUAUCUAGCCACACCUAACAUGGGUGAUGGUAACGAAACGGAUGAUUCCUCUUGUUCCGGGCCUAUUCGUCGGCGAUCGGUCCAGCAUGCACCGCCCUCACCUCCAGUAAUUCACAGAAUGCCGAAGAGUCGUUCUGAGACUGAAUUCCAACAGAAUAUGUCAGACACGGUUACCAGUACUCCGAAGAAGCUCGACGCUCCAGUAGAAACCAAAGCCCACUCACCAAGAACGCUGAAGCGCAUUAUUUCGAUGCCAACUACCAUCCAUUUGGCAAAACAGGAGUCCAGAAGUCCAAGUCCUAGGUCUACAUUUGUAAAGAGCAAUAGUUCCAGUUCUUUCCUUAUCAUGGACCUUCAGCAGGCUCAUAAGAAAAUGGUACCGUUUACUCCAGAAGAUCCUCAACACAAUGCCCCAGAUGAUCUUGUCAAGCCUAAGUCACGCCUUGUCACUCGUAAAAUAUCCACUAAAUCCAAUGAAAGUGCCCCGUGCACUCCGACGCCGACACUGGAAGUUCCUGCGCCAAAGUUCACCAUCGGAAGCAGCGAAUGUUUGUCCAAGCCCCCGGAUGUAGAACCACCGCCACCGCCGGUACCAAAGCGAAGACGAACGUCCAGCGAAGACAACAAACAAUCACCGCCACGUGGCCUGCUCGGCUAUGAUUUGGGUGGGUUCCUGGUAUCCUCGAACAUACUUCCCCAUCACGACAUAACCCAGGUGAUCAACAGCGUCUACAAUGCGAAGAACAAUGGUGACAACAUACUGGAAGAGUUCCAGGUGUACCUGGAGGAGCAGAUCAACGCAGAACUUAACAAUCCAGAAUCAAAGAAUCCCAAUACAGCGAAAUUGCUGGAAGCAUUGACCAAACAAUCCGACCCAGAAGAUAGACUGGAAGAUAUCAACAUCGAUCUGGUAGACUCGGAGAAUUCGAACAAAUCUUCAGAUAUUGACGAUUGCUUCGACCCUGAGUUUGAAAAGAUCGAAAAAACAGAGGUUGAAGAGGCAGAUAAGCACCGCGGAAGCGUCGACGACGUUGACAACUGGUUCGACAACAACUCCGAUGCGGGAUCCGUUAUCGAAGGAUCGGACAAGUUGGGCACUAUGGUAACGGUUAAGAGUGGUGCACCUCGUACUGGUCGUCGCGAGAGUAUCGAAGACGUGGACAAUUGGUUCAAGAACCACAUCCAAUCCAGCCUCGUAGAUGAGCAGAUCAUAGGAAUUCGCAAGCAGCGUAGAGGAUCGGACGGUUUACUGGGGUACGAUACGACCCGGCAGUAUCCGUUCGGUGCGGGCAGACAACGCCACGAUUCGCAAUCGGCCGAGCUGUUCGAGGACAUCACCAAGCUGCACGAUUUGGGCAGCGAAGAGGAUGUUAAGGGCAAAACGACGCAACUUUCGGUGAUAAAAAACGAUCGGCUACGGGACCGACGCGGCUCGGAUGGAUUGGUUUUCUACGACACCAGCCGGAAGUUUCCAUUUGGAGAACCGAACGAAAAUUUACCAAAGGCCAUCGAGAAGAACCAGAAGGACAACGAAACGAGCGAAUCGAAACUGAGCAAAGCCAACGUGGAGAAGCAUACGGCGAAGCAGCAGGCAGCAGUUGAAGGAUCUUCGGACCACUCCACGUUAUUGAAAUUUUUAUCGAAGGAAAAUUUGGUAGAAUAGCGUGUAGUUGUAGGAUGCAGCAGAAUUGGUGUUAUACAUUUCCAUUUGAGUCAGUAUUACCUAUAGUAUCUAGGCUAAACUAUGCAAACCGAUAUAUUCUAGCAUAUGAUUGUUAUCCGUUAAUCUGUAGAAUUAUCCAAAAAGAAACAUACUAUGCUUGCCGUAAAAAAUGAUGUUAUUGCCAGAUAAAAUAAAUAUUUCUAGAACUAAAGGAAAUAAAUAGUCUAAUAUUGUUGUACCGUGGA